UGUAUCAAUACAACAAAAAUGCAUAUUAGGUUUAAAAAAACAGUUACGAGAAUUCAUAGAAGAAGAAAAGAAGAAUUUUUUUCAUCCAAAUAAUAGCAUUGUUUUUAAACAAGCCAAAUUUGAAAUUAACAAUUGUACAUAUAAUAUUAAUUAUGAAAAGAUUGAUAAACAAUUAGUCGAACUACAAACCCAAGCUAUUGUAAAGUUAAUUGAUCAUGGCUGA